CACCAAGUUUACCGGAUGUUGUCUGAAUGUCAAAGAUGGCGCUCCACAUGUCACGGUGAGUCCUUAGCAAAUAGAGUAAACGAGUAUGUUUUCGCCUCUUUAAGGACUAACGCUGUUGGCACAUUGACUUGAGCUUUAUUUAGUGGAGAUGGCUUUGAGCGAAACGAGUCGCGGUGUACGGCUGUUCUUAAGUCAAAUUCAACGAUGCCGCCCUGUUGUGGCUGCAAAUCAGACAGCUCGGUGUUUUAGUCAAGCAACCCCUGAGCCGGGGCCCCGCGCAGAUGACAAUGAAGCCGUGAACCCGACCUUUGUGAACAGAAACCCCCGGAACCUUGAGCAGAUGGCGCUGGCUGUGAAGGAACGGGGCUGGAAGACGAUCUGGCCUCACCGGGAGUACUACCACAGGUUGGAGUUUUCUCGCACCCAGAAACAUGUGACAGCACAAGUGUUCUCCAGCAGCUCUUCGAUCCCUGUGCUUUCCUGUUCAACCAAGGAGUGGACAAUGAAGAAGAUGCUGGCUUCCACGCACUGUGCAGCAGCGUGUCAGGCUGUGGGUGAGGUGCUGGCUCGUCGGUGCCAGGAGGCUGGCAUCACCAGGAUGGUCUACACGGAGAUUCCAUGGUCAUAUCGCUCUGACUCUAUUCAGAUGUUUAGGACAGCAAUGAAAGAGGGAGGAAUCAUCCUUAGUGAACCUCGAAGGAAAUAUGUUGGGACAUGAAUUUAUGUGUCAACUGUCACAUCUGUUGUUUUGUAAAACUUUCUUCUGUAUCCCUUACUCUUUGCUCUUUUGUGAAUUAUCAUCAUACUGAUAUUGAGAUGACCAUCACUACAGUGAAUGUCAGCAUAAAGACAAGGGUGAUGAAGAUCCGGUUGCGUUUCCCUGUGCUUUUCUCUUGUGGAUAAAAUGUUUCUGAACAGAA